AUGUUACCAACAAUAGUCUGCAGUCUACUGAACACCAUCUUCGUGACGACACUAAGCCUCUACCGAGGUUUGCCACAAGGUCCAGGACAGUGGUCUGUGGAAGAAAUAGGAGGAAACUGCGGGAUCGUGCCAUACCCCAGCAGUCUGGUUCUCGCCAGAGAAACACUUAAUAGCACUGCUGAUAUUUAUGAUGGAAGCUUAAGGCUGCCGUAUGGAAUCGACAAUACCUACUCUAUUACUCUAAGAUACACCAAGCUGGACAGCGGCGGCGCAGACAACCGAGUGUCGAGUCAGACCUAUGGACAAUUUCUGUAUAGAUACACCGUGAACACCAACAUAGGACAGUGCCGAAGAACAGCUGAGACUUAUCCCUUCUAUUUCCCCAUACCAGCGGGCAACUACAGGUUCACAGACUAUGUCUACAACUAUAAGGAUUACUACCUGCCCACUGUAGGAAUCUACGGCGUGUACAGGGUCACGGCGCUGCUGGUACGUGGUCAGCAGACCCUCGGCUGUACCAUCCUGAAGAUCGCCUUCGAGUAA